AUGAAAGUCGCGUGUUUGCAAUUCGCCCCAGAGGUCGGCAAGGUCCAGGAGAAUAUUGUGCGAGCAGACGAAAUAUUACUCGGGGCUCAGCUACCUUUGGAUAUUGACUGGCUGGUCCUUCCGGAACUCGCGUUCACAGGCUAUAACUUCUUCUCUCUCGAAGAAAUUAAACCGUUCCUAGAGCCUACAACAUCUGGAGUAAGCACGCGGUGGGCUAUUCAAGCUGCGCGCCAUUAUAACUGCCACGUAACGAUUGGAUAUCCUGAGAUCACGACAGCCACCGAGAUCGCACCCUCAACGCAAUACAACUCCACCGUGACAGUCUCACCAUCCGGUGAGAUCUUAGCAAACUACCGUAAAUCCUUCCUCUAUUACACCGACGAGACAUGGGCCACCGAAGGUCCCGGCUCGCACGAGCAUACAUUGGCAGAUGCGGCUUCGCCAGACGCCCCGUUCUUCUCCGGCCCUCUGGGUGAGCUUGGAAACGUGACGCUGGGCAUCUGCAUGGACAUCAAUCCGUACAAGUUCACCGCACCUUGGGAUGCUUACGAGUUCGCCUCGACCGCGCUCUCGAACAAGUCGAACUUACUCUGCGUCUCCAUGGCCUGGUUGUGUCAUCUGACGCCCGAGGAACUCAUGCGCGACCCGUCGCAGCCUGAUGUUGCAACGAUAGCAUACUGGGUAGAGCGGUUCCAGCCAAUUGUCGAGGCUAGGUUGGACGAGCCUGUGUAUGUUGUGAUGGCGAAUCGAAGCGGGAUGGAGAAGGGGGUUUGCUAUGCGGGCAGCAGUACGGUGCUUAAGAUUGAUCAAGGCGUUGUGAGCUUGUUCGAAACAGCGGGCAAGAGCGAUGAGAGAUGCCUGGUGGUGGAUUUGAGUGACCGUCCGAAGUUCCAGGUAAAGAGUGGAAAAUAG